GACACUACCCGAAUGUAUCUAAUUCAACGAGGUGGGAGUUAUAGACAUAAACAAAAACCGUAUUCCUCAUCAGCUCUCGGAGGUCAAACGGAAAUGUCUUUCGAGCCGGAGUUUGCCGAACCGAUUCCGAAUAUAACGGUGUCAGCAGGGAGGGACGUCAGUAUUCCGUGUGUCGUGGAUCAUUUGGGUUCAUACAGGGUAGCAUGGAUUCACACAGACAGGUCUACCUUACUAACCUUAGCAACUCGUGUAAUCACGAGAAAUUCUCGCUACCAGGUGUCUCACAACAGCCAUCGCACGUGGUGGUUGCACAUUAAAAACGUACAGAUGAGGGACAGGGGACAAUAUAUGUGCCAAAUCAACACCUCUCCAAUGAAGAACCAGGUGGGAUACAUAAAAGUGGUUGUGCCUCCUCAAAUUGACGAAUCAGUGACGAGUAAAGACACUGACGUAAGAGAAGGAGAGAAUGUAAGUCUCAAGUGUAUAGCUUCUGGAUCCCCGGAACCGGAAGUUACGUGGCGUCGAGAAGAUGGCGAGGAAAUUUCAAUGGAUAGUAAAAAAG